GCCGCCGUCUGCCGGGCUGGGGCGUGGGGGGGGGAGGGGGAGGUCCCGGUGCUGGCGGGGGGCGCCGGGCGUGGCACCCGCCCCCUCUGCCCCCCGCCUUGUCUCCCGGCGCGGCUCUGUCCCGGGCUUGUAUAGAUACGGGACAUUUUUUAGCACUGGUAUAGCAAGUUCAGAUCUGUGGCUGAUACCGCACAUGGCAACCGUGUGAACAUUUAAUUUGAAUCUGCAACUGAAGAACAAACCUACAUACCUAGCCUUAUUUUUUCCUGUCACGUCUGUGCUGCCGAGGCCACCACUGGCUUGACUUUGCUACUGAUUACCUUGUCUGGGAAUCAGUCAUGGCUGACGACUCUCAGAGAAACUUUCGCUCAGUGUAUUAUGAAAAAGUGGGGUUUCGUGGAGUUGAAGAGAAGAAGUCACUGGAAAUUCUGUUAAAAGAUGACCGGUUGGAUAUUGAGAAGCUUUGCACAUUUAGUCAAAGGUUUCCUCUCCCAUCCAUGUAUCGUAUACUGGUGUGGAAGGUGCUCCUAGGAAUUAUUCCUCCUCACCAUGAAUCCCAUGCUUUGGUGAUGAAGUUCCGGCAGGAGCAGUACUGGGAUAUACACCAUGCUCUUCGUGUAAUUCGUUUUAUUAAUGAUUCUACUCCACAGGUAGAUGUUUUCCUCCGUAUACAUCAACUGGAAUCAGGAAAGUUGCCUCGAAACUCUGCUUUUCCAUUGGAGCCUGAAGAUGAAGUGUUUCUUGCUAUUGCUAAAGCAAUGGAGGAAAUGGUGGAGGAUCCUAUAGAAUGCUAUUGGCUUGUCAGCUGCUUUGUGAAUCAGCUGAACAGCAAGCACAAAGAUUCAUUACAACAAUUGCCAAAAUUUCUGGAGCAGUAUUUGAACAUUGAAGAUAACAGACUGCUGAUGCAUCUGAAAGCAUGUGCUGCAAUGAGCAAACUCCCCUAUGAUCUUUGGUUUAAAAAGUGUUUUGCAGGCUGUUUACCUGAGUCUAGUUUACAGAGAGUUUGGGACAAAGUUAUUAGUGGCUCCUGCAAGAUUCUUGUUUUUGUUGCUUUGGAGAUAUUAUUAACCUUUAAAAUGAAGAUAAUAGCACUGAAUACUGCAGAGAAGAUCACACAGUUUUUAGAAAAUAUUCCUCAAGAUAACACUGAUGCUAUUGUCAGCAAAGCUGUUGAUCUGUGGCGCACUCACUGUGGGACUCCAGCACACUCAGUAUGAGAACUUUCCUCACUUACGACAUCUUGGGGAAAAAAGGAUAUUUAAAAAGACAUUUUGCUACUCUUCCCCCAUCCUAGUCUUCAUUUCAUCUUCGAUGUAAAGAUGCUAUUGAAGAAGCUAAUAUCAUAGUGAUCAAUAUGUACAUAUUUUUUCAAUAAAUACAGAUGGAAUGAAGAUACUUGGUGGCAGUGUGAUCAUGUCCUGUGUUUCUUGGCCAUCCAGCUACAGUGUUCUUAAGGCACAGUGUGCUCUGUGGCUUUUGGGGAGGUAAAUCUAACUCUUGAAGCAAGGUAAAUAGACUUACUUGUCAUUUAAGAAUGUUUUUACAUGCCAGCUUAUACUUGAAAUAACUAGUUAUUACUUGGAGGUGUUUUUAAGGUGAAUUUACUAAAUGUUAGUCUGCUGUAACUCUUUGGUGAAUAAACAUGCCUUUGCUAGAACUAUAAAA